GGAGGGUGAGAGGGAAGAACGAGAUAGGCAUUUUAGUUGAUAAGGAUCUAAGGGAGCUAGUAGUUGAGGUUAAGUGGGUGAAUGACAGGUGGGUUUGGACGAGGAGGUUAAAAGACGCUUCUGGGAAAGAUUUGGAUGGGUUGGUGCGGGGUAUACCGUCCACCGAUAAGCUUAUUAUAGGGGGUGAUUUUAACGGCCACAUUGGGAGGUUGCCUGGGGAUAUGACGGCAUGCAUGGUGGCUUCGGAUUUGGAGAUAGAAACGGAGGAGAGAUCAGGUGGACGAGGAAGAAGAGGGCUAUGUCUGGUAUACCUAGGGUCAGGUGGGGGUGCAUUGACUAAGGACAAGGCCCAGGAGUUGGGGGAGAAGUUGCUGGCUAUGGGGGCCUGGAGGAGUAGCGGGGACACGAGUUGUAUGUGGUCUAUGACAUCAAGUUGUAUUAGAGAGGUGCCGAGAGAGGUGUUAGGGGUCUCGAAGGAUUUUUCUGAUGGCCAUAAAGGGAACUGGUGGUGGAAUGAAGAGGUUCAAGGGAAAGUGGAAGCCAAGAAAGCGGCAUAUCUGAAGCUAGUAGAGAGUAUAAGCGAGGGGCAAAAGAGUGCUAACAGGGAGGGGUAUAAGAAGGCUAGGAAGGAGGCGAAGUUGGCGGUUACUACGGCUAAGACCGCGGCAUUUAGUCGUUUAUACGAAGAAAUUGAAGAUAAAGGCGGGGACAAGAAGUUGUACAGGCUGGCGAAUGUGAGGGAGCGGAAGGCCCGGGAUCUGGACCAAAGGGAGAUAGGAGCAUUGUGCUGGGGGAGUUGGAGUACUCGGAGCGGCAGCUUUGGGUACUGUACACACAUACGAGUGGCGGAGGUUGUAGGGGUUAUGCACAGGAUGAGUAGGGGUAGAGCGACUGGGCAAGACGAGAUCCCGGUGGAAUUCUGGAAGAGCGUGGGUAAGGAGGGCUUGGAAUGGCUUGCUAGGUUGUUUAACGUCAUUUUUAGGACAAGGGCGAAGAAGAUGCCCGAAGAGUGGAGGCGGAGUACGAUGAUACCGUUAUAUAAGAACAAGGGGGAUGUCCAAAACUGCAAUAACUAUAGGGGUAUCAAGUUGUUAAGCCACACAAUAAAAGUGUGGGAGAGGGUGAUUGAAGGGAGGUUGAGGAGUGUGUCCAUUUCCGAGAACCAGUUUGGUUUCAUGCCGGGACGGUCGACUACUGAGGUCAUUCACAUUGUGAGGAGAUUGGUGGAGCAGUAUUAG